AUGCCUCCAUCAAUCGCGCUGCUGGCUGGAGAGCCUAAGGCUGACCUUGCCUCACUUGAGGCGAAAGUUGAGUCAAACAUGAAGGAAGUCGUCAACCUCAAUGUAAGCCUGCUGUCCGAUGUCUUACUACAAGUUCAGUUCUUGACCGUGAANCAGCGCGAACAGCGCAACCUCUCCCAAAAGCUGGAGUUCCUGCAAGAAUCCAACCAGGAUCUACUGAAGAAGCUGAAUGCCAUCAAAUCCGACAACUACAUCCAGGAGAUCAACAGCUUGAAAGCCGAAAAUCAGCUCUUGCAGCCAGACUCUGGCAUCUUCAGUGGUCAAGACGCACCAGACUCUACACCGUGCGUACCAAUUCAUUGA